AUGGAGAUCCAAGUGCCCUCAACAGAUCCUAUUCGCGACGCCGAAGGCUUCCUUUUCAAAUGGUGCUACGAUGACCGUCGUGCCAGCGAUCGACGCAAAUUGUACAACAUACUCUUCAGGGCCCAGUCCUUUAAUGAUUUGGUCCCCACCCUGAACAUGGUCUGGGACAGGGACUCGCUGGCCUUGGCUCUCAAUGACACCCCUGAAAUCUACAGAAUACGAGCCUUCAACCAGCUUCGAGAACGCAACCCCGAUGCAUAUAAAGAGCUUAUCGGGAAAGUUUCAA